AAAAGAGGAUCAACCACCUUUUGUUCCCUAUGUAGUAACAAUGAGGAAGCUAGGCCAGACUUAACUUCAGGUUCUGGGGACAGUGAAUCAUGUUCUGUACUCUUAUCUGCUGAAGACGACACUGCCUUGUAUGUAAACCAAAAUCUUAAGGAUGCUCAACAGGAUUCCACAUGUCAAGAAAAUGACAGUCAACCUUUGCAGCAUAUUGGCCAGACCCUUUCUGAUGAUGGUACCAUUCCACCAUCUCUAUAUGAUUGCAGCCUUGGAGAUGGUAUAAUAAUUACCAGUAUGUUAUUGAUAUAAAUAUUUUUUUCAGUUAUUGAAAUAAAAUACACCGUGAAUGGCUGCCUGUAACAGUUCUUGUCUGUGUCAGAGGUGGUAGCUUCAACUUAAAGACAGCAGGUCUUUGUGGCAUUGAAGGCUGUUGAAUCAUUUUAAUCCUUAUAGUUCUAACAGCAGAAAACAAACUUAUAUGCAAGAAAUUUUAAUCAGGAAGGAUGAACUUUAUUUAGGACAUUAAUAAUGUAAUUCUGACAUGAUCAAAAAUAAUAUUUUCAUCCUAACAGAUUGUCAACAAAGUGCAACCAGUGAGGGUGAAACAGGUUCAGAUGUUGCUGGAUCAUCACAAGAUCCUACAUUAGUGGCUUCACCAGAAAAGCCUUCAUCACUGAACAUAGAUUUAAAACCCAUUGCUGUUCCACCAUAUACAUGUAUUACCAGUACACCCAAAUGCAGUGUGUACAAUAUAAACUUCAUACAAACAACUGGAGGUAAGAACAAUAUUGUUACGUGAUACCACCAAUCACUAAAUGAUUGGCCAUAAUAAACUGGUUUCAGGAGGUUUACUUUAUGUCACCAAAAGUGAGAAAAUGUACAUAAAAACCAUAUUUUCUUACACACAAUUUGAAAGUUUUGUUUCUUUUUUUUAAAAUGGGAAGGACGGGGUGUACAUUAACUAAUUAAUGGAAUGGCCCUAAUCAGGGUCGGCCAGGGUUUUUGGGUAUACACAGGGUAUUUAAUUUCAGGUAUACAGUAUUUUUAUGCUUAAAAUUUGGUAUGAAGUAUUCCCUCACGACCAAUUUUGGGUGUAAAGUAUACUGUGUUUUUCUUAAUUUUGGUAUUUUACAUGAGUUUUAGUAUAAUUUUUGGUAUAUUGUAAGGUUUAAUCCUGCCUAAUCAAGUUUCUGUCUUUAUUUGCCUGUUUCUUGGCAAGUUCAAGAUAUGUUAAGGGAUAUUUACCAGUAGUCUAGCUGAUGUUCUUCAAAUAGCAGAUGUCAUCCAUCAAGUUCUAUUCUUGCUGUUCUUGCUAUGUUUUUAGGUAGUAGAUCAGCUAUUUCUUUGUUACAAAAUAUGUGAAAUGUUCAGCCAUUUUGUGACACUCUUAUGCUACCCUAUGUCCCCAGGGCUUUGUUUGCCAUCCCUUUUUUUAGUACUUAUUCUGUGCUAUUGACAUCAUUUUCCAAAGCCUGCAAAUGUCUUCCAAAUUUUGUUAAUGAUAGUUCGUUAUGAAGGAUAAGCUGUGGGAUUUGAGCCAGUCAGAAAGGGAGAAAUAGUUUGAAUGAAUAAUAACUUUUGUUCCUUCAUUUUAAUGUUGAUUUCUUCUGUGCAGUGUUUUUUGAACAUGACAUACAACUUAGACUAUCUGAGCAAGGCACGUUUGGUAACAACAAGGCACAGACUUAAUUAAUAUGGGCAAAAUUCUCUUCAAUAAAACUACCGGUAAUAGUAGAGGUGUACUUAAAGUGUUCCUGAUAGAGACCCUUGUGAUCCCAACUUUGUUGUGGGAAAAAUAUCCAAAAAGAUGCUGUUAUACAGAAAAUACACAGGAGGUUUGUCUGAGUUGAUUUCAGUCUUUCCUUCAUUUACAGCUUCCCAUGACAUUUUCUCGGCUUUUGAUUCACGGCAUGUGAAUGCUAAUGAUGUGCAUAAACAAAAGCUGGACAAAAAGUGGCCAACCCUUUCCCAAGCAGAGAAGUACAGUACUAAAAUGCAGGAGGUACCAUUUCAUCUCUACCACAAAGUUUGUCUGGAGCUUGAUAUCUCAAGAUUUGAUGGUAAAGAUGUGAGAGAGUUUGCCAGUAAAAAGGGCAUUACAGUUCCAGAAUUUGCACGCCUUCAACAGGCUGCUAAAAUACACAACACCACAACAACUUUUAUCAUUUUACAACAGACUCCUGGAAUAACUGUUGGGGAUUUUGUCAAUAUAAUGACAGAAAUGGGGAGACAGGACAUAGCAGAUUUAAUAAAUUAA